AUGGUGGGGAGGAAAGACUGUGAGAAAAAGGAAGCAAAGAAUGAGGACAGUUCCUUGAAAGAGGAAAGAUUGUUGAAAGAUAAAUUGCUUGUGAUUGGAGGGGAGGAUCUAAGUCUGAGUAGUGAACGUAAGAAGAAGAAGAAGAAGAGCGAAUGGCAUGAGGCUAGUGGCGAGGAUGUUGCGGCAAGUUCCAGUCUAAGUGUGGGUAAUGUAGAUGUGAAUAAUGCAACUGACAAGAAUGAGAAGAAGAAAAAGAAGAGCGAGAGGCAUGAGGCUACCAGUGAGGAUGUUGCAGUAAGUUCUAGUCUAAGUGAGGGUAAUGUAGAUGUGAAUUAUGCAGCAGACAAGAAUGAGAAGAAGAAGAGCAAGGGGUAUGAGGCUAGCAGUGAGGGUGUUGCAGUAAGUUCUAGUCUAAGUGAGGGUAAUGUAGACGUGAUUAAUGCAGCAGACAACAGUGAGAAGAGGGAGAAGAAGAGAAAGUUGGAGCAUGGUAAUGAUGAGAAAAAAUCUCAAGUGGUUAGGAAGAAAAAUAAGGUGAGUGAAAUUAGAGAGGUUUUUGAGGAGACCCACAUGAGAAUAGAGGAUAAUAUGGGCUUUCAAAAGAAUGUCCAAGUGGAAUUUUUCAGCUAUUCUGAGUCAGAAGUGAGAAGAGAUAGGAAAAAGAAUUAA